UACUUUGUGUGUAAAUAAUUUCGAUGAUUUGAGGCAAUAUGAAUGUUCCUUUUCCGAUUUUAUACCCACGCUUAGUAGAUCCUAAGUGGUUUAAUGCCGACAGUCCUUGCGAUGAGGAUGCAGAAAUAUCAAGUUUGGAGCAGGCUCACCAGCAAUAUCUCAAUAGUAUUGGCCAACAGUACAUGAAACGUGUCCCUAUCGGAAAAUCUGAUCCAGAACCGAUGGAAGAGGAAGCAGAUUCGGACGAAGAAGGGAAUGAUGAAACCGAUGAGACAGAAGAAUCUCAUGAUGAAGAUGAAGAGGAGGAGCUUCAGACAACAUACUCCACAACCAGAAACAAUAAUGAACCUGAUUCGUUGGAAGAUCUCAACGAAGUUCCCGACAACAGUACAUCAGAUCAAAGUGCCCUUUGGCCUCUUCAAUGAAAUGAAAUAAAACCAUGGUAUAUUAGAAAAAACAAAUAUUUAUUUAAACAACAUUUUAUGGCUAUUUUUAUAGAAUACAAAACUGGGUUACUUAUUAAAAAUAUAAUCAUUAUAUUUUAUUCAAUAAAUAAGUUAAGUUUGUUAAAAUUAAUACUGGCUUUAGUUAUCCAGAAGCCCUGGUUGAUUUUUUGCAUUUUAAUAUUUUAAAUAAAGUGAUACACUGACCUGUCAGGUAGCAGUGAAGAACAGUAAAGUUAAUAAAACCAAAAUUUCAAAGGAUCUUGAAAAUUAAAAUUUAAAACAUCGAAUUAUGAGGCCAUUUGUAAAAUAGUAAAAUUAUUUAUAACAAUGUUAUGUUAGAGAUAUCUAUAAUAACAUUAACAACUCUUGUUAAUAAGGGACCUAUUUUGUCUUUGUGAAUAUCAUUCCAUUUGUUCAAUAAACACUUUUCAA